ACUACGAGCUGCCGGUGUGAGUAUGUGUGAGACCGAGCGCUCCAGACCAGACGUGGCUCGAACGUACGCGCUCUAAACCUUCGCCAUGAGCCGUCCGUCCUCAGCGGGUGGAGCGGGCGGAGGACUGGGAGCCGGUAAGGCAGGAGGAGGGAAUAAACACGGCGGCUCCGGAGGAGGAGGCGGUGGUGGAGCGGCUGCCGCCGCUGCUGCAGCCGCUGCGGCCGCGGCGGCAGCAGCAGCAGCGGCGGCGGCGGCAGCGGGGGUUUCGGGCUCGGUCUCUGGCUCCAGUUCCGUGCCCGCGGCCGCCGUGGCCUUGCCCACCUCCGCCGCCGCAGCCGCUGCUCUGCCCGGACAGUCGGCCGAGCUGACGGCGCUGUUCGAGUGUCCGGUGUGUUUCGACUACGUGCUGCCGCCGAUCCUGCAGUGCCAGGCCGGGCAUCUGGUGUGUAACCAGUGUCGCCAGAAGCUGAGCUGCUGCCCGACGUGCCGGGGCCCUCUGACACCCAGCAUCAGGAACCUGGCGAUGGAAAAAGUCGCCUCCACGCUGCCUUUCCCAUGUAAGUAUGCCUCAGCGGGUUGCCUGUUGUCGCUGCACCACAGUGAAAAGCCGGAGCACGAGGAGGUGUGCGAGUUCCGCCCUUACACCUGCCCCUGCCCAGGAGCCUCUUGCAAAUGGCAGGGCUCUCUGGAGGCGGUCAUGCCUCACCUCAUGCAUGCCCACAAAUCCAUCACCACGCUGCAGGGAGAGGACAUCGUCUUCCUGGCCACAGACAUCAACCUGCCAGGGGCCGUGGACUGGGUCAUGAUGCAGUCUUGCUUCGGGCAUCACUUCAUGCUGGUGCUGGAGAAGCAGGAGAAGUACGAGGGCCACCAGCAGUUCUUCGCUAUUGUUCUGCUCAUAGGCACCCGAAAGCAAGCCGAAAACUUUGCCUACCGCCUCGAGCUGAAUGGCAACCGUCGACGGCUCACGUGGGAAGCCACGCCGCGGUCCAUACACGAUGGUGUGGCCGCAGCAAUCAUGAACAGUGACUGUCUCGUCUUUGACACCUCCAUUGCCCACCUUUUCGCUGACAACGGCAACCUGGGCAUCAACGUUACCAUCUCCAUGUGCUGAGGUGGCAGUCCAAGCCCAAGAGAGCGGCAGUUUUCUUUGGGGUUGAAGCCCUGGAUGACUGCAGUUCCUCACCAGAGUGGAGGGUCUAAGAAUGACAGGUGGGAGAUGUAUACAUUUGUGUAUAUAUGUCUGUUCAAGACUUAUUCCCUCCAAUAAGGCACACUGAGACUGACCUCUAGGUUAGUGUCCUGAAUGGAUGAGAGGGUCUAUCUUGAGACUGGACAAUAUGGCAUAUUGUUGGCAUGUGGCAACUAGCACAAGCACAGCUGAAAUUUUCUCUUGCAUUGACCUAGAAGCCACCUCAAUGCGCUCUGCUCUCUGGCCUAGUCCAGCCUGAGUAUGGAAGAUAGCUCUGUCUAGACUGGAAUGCUCUCUGCCACGGCCAAACCAACAUACAAUAAGGUCUAGCCGAUGGAACCUCCAAAGCAUUGUGGAUCAACUGAUCAGUCAGGCCUCAAAGACGCACAGUUUGGGUGGAGUCAGGGCCUGAAGCAGUCACAGUCAAAGCUGCCUCACACAGCAUACGUGUGAAAUGAAAUUGCACUGGCUUCAAAGGAAUCAUGACUAUGUAAAUGCUAAUAUGCUGAUGUUCAUGUCUGAGAUGUACUUUUAUGAUGCAGUGCCCAGAAAUGAAUUGGUGUACAUGGUGGAAAUAAAACUCACUUGCAGGUUGAUUGCAUGACUGGCCACCAUGUCUGUCAGGCAAAUACAUGACUUCGUCUCCAUCAUGUUUUUCCUCCCUGUUCAUCUGUCUUAGACAACUUGUCCUUUCUGUCCUAUAAUCUUCAAAACAAAUGGAAACCCUAGGUGGUAUGAACGAAGUCCUUUGAGAAAGAUAUUAAGUUCUUGAUUAUCACUGAGCAGACCCUUCCUAAGAUGCGGAAGUCAGGGUUUUGGUCAUUAAUGAAAUGAAAGAACUACAUCCAGAUUGUGUCAGCCAUAAUCUAUUCCCACAUCACUCAAAGAAAUAUCCUCAAAUACUGUAUGUUUGAAUUUGAUACUUGAAUGUUCUUGGGACUAUGCUGCCCUACAAAGGCAAGUAACUAUGCCAACCAUGAAAAGGAGGAAAACAGCUUGAAGGUUCUGUUGUUGUCUAGCCAAAUAUGUUGCUGCAGUUUCCCUCAGACACCUAUUUUUGGUCAGUAUCUCAAUUUUAACCAAAACUACAGUUCCCAUGUUUGCCUUUGUGCGGUAGUAUAGUCCUCAAGCACCACUCUGGGCUUUUGUGAUUAUAAGGCAGUAGUCCAGUCACUCAUGACUGCAUGUAAACAACAUGAACCUGCAUGGUAUGAUGAAUGAUUGUUAGCUAACUGCUCUUGGAUGCAGUCGCUGCAUUGGACUGGUUCAGGGUUUCAGGAUUACCUGUGUAUGUUUCUUACUUAAUCCCUCUUUUUCUAUUUGAGGUAAUCAAAGAGAACUGAUGACACGCUUUGUAAAUAUUCACACAGAUCUAGUUUUGUUGCUAUUUGCUGUGUUCUUGUUGUGUCUCUUUUAGCGGGUUAUUUAGUCUAGCUUGUUUUGUGCUCCAGCUCUUUUAAACCGCAUUUCUGUGUUAUUUGGGAGAUCCCCGCCCCCCCCGCAACUCCCUGGUUCAGUCAACCUACAGCGCCUUACUUGUAUACAAACCCAACCUUUCAGAGCCCAACAGGGCUCCUACUGAAGAUCAGGUCACCGCGAUCCAAACCGCUAGUGUCUUGAAAAGACUCUGAAUUAUAAGAGACUUGUUCAUAAAUAGUGGCAUUAUGGGGACGCAUGAUCAUGAGACAUCUUUCAUAAGCCCCCGGGAGCUCCACAACAGUAGCGGCAUCAUUCACAUAAUACAACCUAGAAAUCCUAACUCUCUACUCGAAUACCUCUGAUGACAUCAGACAUGUCUGUAAGUGGACUGUGCAGAUUUUUCUGGACCCUGGUGGUCUUCAAUUUAACAUAAGCCAGAAUUCCCUCAGCUCAAAGUUACUCUGUUCUGGUCAUACUUCUAAUUAAUUUAAAUAUGUAAUUGUUAAUCCCUAAUGUUUUAUCUGUAAUCCAGGAAAAUGUAUCAGCUUGUGUUUAUUUUUUUGUCUUUGUGUUGAUGGAUUUUAUACUUUUUGUGUAGAACUUGAAGGAAAUGUGGGUUAUUUGGUGAGAUCAUACACGCUCUAGUUAGCGUCUGCUUCACAAAAAAAAAAUGUGGCUUUAAUCAUCUGGUUGUCAUGGCAACUAAAUAUGCUAAUUAGUACUUGGGAUAAUAGAGCAUGGAAGUGAUGUUUUGGAUGCCAGUGCUGCAUUCAGGAAACCCCCACAGUGACACUAAAUUACAUGAAAUGACUGCUGGUUAUGAAGUCUCUAUCUUUUUAAAUCACACCUCUUUCCAUUCGUUCACAUUUAUAAAGGGUGCCAAAAAGUGCAUUAACUAUGAGGCUAUGUGUUUCAGCAAAGAUAAAGCAUAAGUAACUAUGAAACAGAGAGGCAUGUACACACAUACCGUGACAGUUUAUCAUUACCUUGAUAAAAGUUCGGGGUGGGAAAAGUAAUUGAUUCUUAGAUUCUCUCGAAAGAUUCUGAAUCAAUUAAGACAAAGUCUAAGUCAGCUGUUUCCCUAUUGUAAAACUUGGUGCCCCCAGAGACUUUCUAAAGUAGAAUACGUUUGCACAGCCUGGCUCGGAAGAGGAGGGAAAUGCACUCUUAAACUGUUUUUUUAUGUAUAUGAAGUAAAAGGCCUGAAUCCAUACUAUACAUGACUGUGUGCAAGAAUGUGGCAUUGUUUAACAACCACUUUUGCAAAUUGCUAAUAGGCUAAUCCAGUAAUAUUCAUAGUUAAGAUUUACGAUUAAGAAUUUACCUGAAUGUUAGAAGUUUCAAAUGUCUAAAAUUAGGCUAGAACUCCUAGUGUAAAAAAAAAACAAUCUUGGUAUGGCUAUAGCAGCAUUAGCUUGGUAUUAACGUAACAUUGAAAACCUCAUAAAAGUGCUAAGAAUGUUAGCAACAGUGUAGCAGUACUUUUGGAUAAAAAGCCGUCUUAUAAAGUUGCUGCAGUAAACACAGCUAUAUAUGCAUGUUUACAGUUAUAUGAUGAAGAAAAUAAAAGAAAAAAAUAUCAAAUGACUGGAUUGUCCCAUGAUUUACUUUAUAUUUGGACAUCUGUUUUAGUGUGUUACCUUAGUGUGUUGCGCUGGGGUGGCGUUUUUAUAGCAGCACCCAAAGUUUCUGAUACAAUAUAAACCUGUGAACAAAAACAUCAAAUAUAGGGUUUUUAUUUUUUUGGAUUUUAGUUUAAACAUGUUAAUUUGUGAAUCAGGCCUUCACACUUCUACAUUUAAGCUACUUGUGAUACAUGAGGAAAAAAAUCAUAAUGCAGGCUGUAGAAAUUAAAAAAUGAGAAUCCAAAAAUGGUUUUAAAAUCGCAUCUUGGCACCCUGAAUCAAAAACAGAUCCGAAUUGUAAGGGUGCCUAAAGAUUCCCACCGCUUUAUAAAUCUGUCAUUGAGUCAGACAUCAAUCAGAGCACCCACAGGUUAACAGGAUGCUCCUUCUCUGUUGGCCUGGCUUAAUAGAACAGAACACAGACAGCUCACUUCCAGGCAAAGGUGCCAGGUGAAGACCCAGCAAAAUGAUGUAACGGCUUGGAAGUUUCCCUUUUGUUGUAUGUGACCACCCACAACGAAUACAAAAUCUGGAAAUUCACUUCCAUGCUCUAUUUAUCUCUUGAAUAAGAACAGCGACAGUGGUUGACACACAUUAGAUGUAUUAGACUGAACGAGCUGGUUGAUCCUCAUCGAUUGUCAAAGGUUAACAAGGCAAUUUAACACCAGCUGGCAAAUCUUCUGAAAGACGGUAUCAUGUAGGCUGUAGUAUGUUCAGCAGGAACACUGCCAUUAGUCAGUUUGAAGUCAGUACAAAGACUACAAGUCUGUCUGACUAGAGGCACACUGAGUGGGAGGAACACCUCCAUGCUAACCACGAGCCUGUGAGCGCGCGCCAAGCACUUAUUUUCUAUAGAGGAAACAACGUCCCCCACUUACCGGGGGAAGCUGUAUGUUUGUGCAAUAGAGAAUAAAACAAGUGAUGCAGAAUCAACAAUAGAAAAACAAGUAAUUUGUGGUUGAUCACAUUGAUUAAACAAAAUGUGGGUAAAUAAGUCAGUUUAAUUUGCUUUAAUUUUCCAGGCAGUUUGGGCCAACAGCAGGGUUUUAUUAAUAUUAUUAUUAUUUUCAUAAAUACAUAUUUUUUCUGGUCUGGGGUUUGCUUUUCUGGAAUCCCUGCACAUACCUUGUCACAACACUGCCAGCCAUCUGUUUCUAACCCCCUACAUUCCAGACACCCCUUAAUAGAACUGGACAAGGCACUGAAUAAAUACAUUUUGAUGACGGGAGCAGGUGGUCUGCUGGGGAGAACGCCACGGUUUGCAAUCAAGGCAUCAAUAUUCACCGGCUAGAUUGCCAGUAAUAAGCUAGUGGAAUUGAAAAACUUUAAUUGUAGCCAUGGACUGCAAAUAUGCCUGAUUUACAUGGCUCAGCAAGUGGCGAACCCCAAACGGGUAGCAAAAUACAUUUGUUUGAUGCGUUUCCAUGCCGAUUCCAAAAUAACUUCUGUGUCUGGAAAUGGUUGCCUUUUCAGGUGAUUUUCAAAGGUAUAAUGUUGGGUGACCUUAUUAUUACUGCUCUGCCUCGUAUCAAAAAGCCUGCCCUUGGGGCCUAACAAUGGGAAGUAACUUCCACAGUCAUCUCUACCACCCUUUCAUCUUUCAUUUAAUGUAUAGUUGUUGUAUGUACUGUCAAAUCUACAAAGUAAAACCAUUUUCACUGUUAUUCAAAGCCCCAAGAACUAUAAUAGUUGUAAAUGUGAUAAAUAGGGACCUACAUGGAGAAGGUCUGUCUCACCAAAUUCUGAUGCUUCUUUCCAUGAUUAGAUCAUGGUGGCAUGUAUCUUUACUCAUUCGUCUGGAAAUUGAAAAGAAAGCUGUUUUAUAGAAUUACACCAGUCUGCUACUUCCAAAGAUUUGAUAUUGUGACUGCUCUUAGUUUUCAGUAACACAUAGGGCCAGUUUCCCUCAGAUGAAAGAAGAAUAUCCAGUGGUGAUUCAUCAUUGGCACUACAAUUUAAUCUAAGAUUGGUUUAAUCCAUUUCUGGGAAACCAGCCCAAAGUGUUAAAUAAUCACAUUAGAGAUUUCUGAAAAUGCCUACUCCAUCUCUAGCUUUCUGUCUAAUCAAGUUUAUAUUCAUUGGGUUCAACAGCUAGUAACUGUCAGAAAAGCUUAGCAGCUUUAAAUACUCUGUGGAAGUUCUGUAAGUACUAAGACAGAACACUUUGCAUGAUGAACCCACUCACACUCUUCACCUGUGGAGAGCUAAUAUCAGAUCACCCUUGCCCUUCCCUGAUUCCUAAAUAGAAAGGACAGUGGCAUGUCCUUUCGUAAUUUAGGAGCUAGACUAGAUGACGUUAACCAGGUAAACAUUAGCUCUCCAAAUGCCAACUAUCAGCGUUUAGUGCUCCUUCUUUUUCCUUCAUGUUCUGCAAUUUGGACUGUCACUGGUUAGGCGCCGCGUUCUUAGCCAAUGGCAGCUCAACGCUCCUUCCUUUCCUCGGUUGGUAAAUGUUAAUUUAUUCAGUGUAUCUGUGUAGUUUUGCUUCCUAAAUGGUUAACUAUGUUAAUGUGGCGAUAGAGAUUAUUUGAUUGUAAUAUUAGCGAUGGAGAAUGCUAUUGAAUUCCUGUUGAACGGGUACAAGAUGGUAAUGUGCACAUCAUCUGUUUGGUCUUGUGUAUUUUCUUUUUUUUUAAAAAAAUACCAUCAGUUUAAUGUCAUUUAAUUAUUUGACAAAGUUAAAGUUAUAUAUGAUUUUUUUUUCUAACAGCACCACUUAUGUUUUUGAGACAAUUCUGUUGUACUAUCCAUGAAUCUAUUUUGUUCUUUGUAUCACUUUAAAAGUCAAAUAAAAUAUUUAUGUCAAA